AACACAGGUGUGGUCCCAGUGCUGGGUGGUGAUAACACAGGUGUGGUCCCGGUGAUAACACAGGUGUGGUCCCGGUGCUGGGUGGUGAUAACACAGGUGUGGUCCCGGUGAUAACACAGGUGUGGUCCCGGUGCUGGGUGGUGAUAACACAGGUGUGGUCCCGGUGCUGGGUGGUGAUAACACAGGUGUGGUCCCGGUGAUAAGACAGGUGUGGUCCCGCAGGUGCAGUAAUAUGAAGACACAACUCCACAGGCUGGACAAUUAAAGUGACCCAAGAGACCAGCACCAUGGAAGAUGACAUGAUCUUCACUAUCAUCAAAAUCAUCAUCACCGGCCUCUCUCCCCAGAAGGCGUGAUGGUGUGUGAUGAGGGUGAGGGGAGGUGGACGGCUGGGGCUCGCCCUGCUCUCCCUCACCACUCUCACUCUCCUGCUGCUACAACACUGCCGCCUCUCUCACCACCUCAACGGUGAGGAUGAAGGCGCGAGCUACGAGCGUCAGCUGGCGUGGAGGGAGGAGGAGUACAGAGGACACACUCGACGCCUCCUCCUCCAGAUAGCACAACUCAAGGAGGAGCUCGCCAGAGUUAACGGCAACAGAGCCGAUUCAGAAUCUUUUGAGAGUCCUGGUUUGGGUGGGGUGGGUGGUGGUCCUGGUGUGGUUGGCUCCAGCAUUGAGGCCAAGACUGAGAGUAAUGUGGUGGUGGUGGACGAGCCUUGUGGCGCUGUCAUACAGCAUCAGGUGGCCCAGUCAGAGAUCACCCAGGGCAUCCCGCUGAACAAUGAAUACGAGGUUGUGACCUUCUCCCACUUCACGUGGUCUCGAGUAUACCCCUCUGAGCUUGGCUUGGGAAAGAGGGUAGUGGAGAAGCCAAUAGGUUUCAAACGCCGAGAUAUCCUUGCUGCGCUCACUGCAGCUCUUGAUCACCUUAAUACACCAGUACCUGCCAGAUUUAGUGUCGAUGAUUUUGUGGAAGGAAUGUACCGCACAGUCCCUACAAGUGGAACCCAGUACGAAUUGCUGUUUCAUGACCGCCGCGCCAACCACACCUCUCAUCAGUACCGCUCUGUCACACUUCUAAGAUCCUUUGCACCAUUAACUGUAGUCACUAAAGUGCAGCACAACACUAAACAGUUGAUCAACAUCAUCCUGCCACUCUCGGGAAGAACAGACACAUUCCGAGGAUUUAUGGACAAGCUCGUUACCAUCAUCCUCCGCCAUGACCGCCGAAUCUUCCUAACAGUUGUUUAUUUUGGUCAUGAAGGCUUACAACAAGUCCGAAAUAUUAUAACUAAUGCCUCCAAGGAAGCUAAGUUUAGACACAUCAAAUUGCUCACUCUCAAUGAAACAUUUUCUAGAGGAAAAGCACUACAGGUUGGUGCCACCCACUGGUCCAAAGGUGAUGUACUUUUGUUCAUGUGUGAUGUGGACAUUGUGUUCAGCACUCGUUUCUUGGAACGAUGUCGUCUGAAUGCUUCCCCAGGUCAUUCUGUGUACUACCCCGUUGUGUUUUCCCUGUACAAUCCCAAUAUGGUUUAUCCUCUCCAGGGCAAACCUGUACCUCAGGAAUUGGACCAAUUAGUGAUCUCUAGAGACACAGGGUUCUGGCGUGACUUUGGCUAUGGGAUGACGUGCCAAUAUAGAUCAGACUUUUUGAGUGUCCAAGGCUUUGAUGAGGAUAUUAUAGGCUGGGGUGGUGAAGAUGUCUUACUCUAUCGCAAAUAUGUUAAGUCUAGACUUUCAGUGAUCCGUUCUACGGACCCAGGAAUAUUCCACUUGUGGCAUCCAAAGGAAUGUUCCACCUCUCUCUCUGCUGACCAGUACCGUGCCUGCAUUACCUCACGCGCCCUUAAUGAGGCCUCACAUGCUCACCUUGGCCUCAUUGCCUUUAAAGAUGAUCUAGGUAAGCACCCUCUUGGAGCUGAAGUGCUAACAGGCAGCAAUGCUCUUGAAGAGCAGCAACUCAAAGCCGAGAUGUAACGGAGGGCUUCACGGAAUACAGUAGUUAAGAUGUAAGUUGGAGUGCCUGAUGAUUGCAUUACUGUAUCGACGAGUCUCCAACCCCUAAAAAUAGUAAUCCUCAGUUCUGGGCUGCAAUGUAGUUUAUACAAACAAAUUAUUGGGAAUAAAAUCAAAAGACUUCCAAGUGAAGAUAGUCAUGGCUUCCAUUAAAUAUUUAUUAAAACUAGUUUACAAUGUCGGUGUUUAUAAUUUUCUUAAAUAAAUUCCACGAGUUAUAUAUAUAUAUACAGUAUCUGCUUACAAGAAUUUGGAAAAGCAUAAGAAUGUACAAUUUAUUGACAGAUAAAUGCAUUUAAUAGUAGGGCAUCAGGCAAAAGCUUUAGUGUUUGAAGUGUGACAUUGGUAGAGGGGCUAUUGCUGAUAUUCUGGGUGUUAGACGAGCUACCUAUUUUUUUAUCUGGUGUGUGCCAAAUACAAAGGAAAUUUGUAAGUAUAUGGAAGCAGAGACUUGAAGAAACCUACAGAACCUUUUUCAACUUCAUCAGCAUGCUUAAAUAGCAUUUGAUAGUAUGAUAAUUUUCAGAUGUAUUGGUUAUUGAAAUUUCAGAUAAUUUCAUUUGCAUUGAGAAUUAGGAUUUGAAAAGUCACAAAAGAUGCACCAUAACAAAUAUUUGUAUCACACAUGACAUUGCAGUCUGUCACGUGCUUUACAAAUGCCUUUUUCCCGAAAGUGCCUGUUAUCCAAUUUGGGUUAGUUCGCACAAAAAGGACGGAUAACUGGUGGGACAGGCAGUUUGAAUAAAAAUGUGCACUAAAGAUGUAACUAAUUUGGCAGUGACCGCACACAGCACCACUUGAGCGGUGUUCAUACACUAAUGGAUGGCUCAGAAGCUUUGAACUCUGCCGUGGCAUUAGGUACAUUAGAGUACACGGUGAAAGGCAGUCUGCUGAGGUUACCCCAUCGCCAUUAAUCAGCGAUGUCAGUCAGCCCAACACUAUCAUCCACCACCCACCUUUUCUAUCUAAAUAACAAUGCUCCAUCAACUAUAAUCUUCAAAUUAACAAGCGAAUCAGAGCUUCACACAUUUUAGUGAGUACAAACAAAACAGUCAAAUUUCUGCAACAAAAUUUUAUUUUUUUCCCUCCUAGCUUUUCAGGAUGAUAAACCACUUAUCCAAACAGAUUAUCCAUUCAGUCUCAAUCCCAAGGGGUUUGGAAAGCACCUGGCUGAUUGUAUUUAAUUUGUGUUCAGCAAAGCGAUUAGUUCUUGUCAUAUGCCAAUUGAUCAAAAGACUACAUCCUUUAAAUUUAAUUAUAUUAUUAUAAUUUAUCUUUAUCCAUCCUUGGAUAAAUAUUUUAUAAAUAUUUUAUCCAUUCUUGGAUAAAUAUUUUAUCCAUCUUUGGCUAUGGAGCAUUUUGUGGCUAAGAGAUGUUACUGUUUGCGGGACAUUUACAGCAUGGUACAGUAUUGGAGUACUGAUGGUGACUAAAUCGGCAAGUAUUAGCCUAAGACAUGCAGUAUACAUAUUGUUUUAUGAAUGAUUUAGGAAGUUGAAUAAUCCCCGAUUUACCUGAAGGCCACUAACCCUAGUGGCUUCGACGAGGACAGGAAGCUGCCGGCUUGUCGAAGGUCCCCCCCCCCCCAUAUGCCUUGUAUUGUAUAAUGAGACCACAUGCAAUAAAAGUUUUCAUGAUACCAAAAAUAACUAUACCCAAUGGCAUGAGGCAGUGGAUGAUAUCAGUUAAGCAUCAUUUGACCUGGCCAGUAAGUGGUUGGGCAACCUUGUGGACAGUUUUGCCCCUGACAAGGGGCAAAAAGCCUAUCAGGCUUUCCAUACCCAACAAUGAUAUAUCAUUCUGUUCAACAAUUUAAAUUUAUAUAUUUUUAGAUUCGUUGAAUACAAGAAUUGAUACAGCCUUAGCUCAGACCUAGACUCUGUUGACAAGUUAGAUGAUUUCAAAGGAAAUAUGAAAUUAAUUUUGAUCAUAGUUAAUGAUGUAGUAAAGAUUUUAAACUUGUUUUUCAUACAGAGUAGUUCUUUAGUCUUAUUUAUACAGUUGGUGAUACUAUAAUCAAUCUGGACAGGGAGAUACAUACGUCCUUCAAAAGCAUGCAUGAUGCCCUUGUGUUUGAAGGUUUGUGUAAACUGGUGACAUUUUAUUUUCACUUGUUGGUGGUCAUGCAAACAAGUGUAGUGAGCAUUAUUUAGUUUAACAAUUAUGCCAUUCACAAUUGUUUCCCUUUAGGGGGUGUACAAAUUUUACUAUGUGUAAAUAUAAACUUUCCAGCUCAUUCUUUUAGAAUUGGCAUCUUUGGAGAAACUGCUUUAAAUUUAAGUCUCAAAACUGUGUUAUCUAUUAAAUUUUUUGCCAUCUAUGUCUGCAGAAGUGUGGAAAAAAUGCACAAUAAAAUUAUCAAUAUAAUAACAGAUGUGCAAAUGCUUACACAGCAUUGUACUUGUGUUCACUUUCUCUAUUUUUUUUCCCGAAUUCGUUCUCAUUCUCUCUGGAAAAUGACAAAUUAUAAGCUGCUCAUACUGUAAGUGCUUUAUUAGGUACACACUAAAGUUCUGUAGUUUUAUCCUCACUUUGACUAGUCAUUGCUCUAGCUUAAGGGUAUAACUGUUGAUAUUUUUUUUCUAUACUGGAUGUUCCAGCAUGCCGUUUAAACUUGUAGUGUGUAGGAAGACAUGCUGCCAUUCAACUGUCAACUUCAGUUGAUAAAAAAACCUAUGUGCUAUUUGCACAUAUUUUUUGCUUGAAUUCUCGUAAUUCCUAAUUACUGGUAUUAACGAAGACAAGUUUUCUGAUGUCAACUUUUGACUGAGCCCUUGUAGCUAGUUUCAAAUUAUCUGCAUUGAUGACUAAGAUGUAUAAUAUACAUUCAUAAGUCUAUUUUACAGAGAAGACAAAGUAUAGCGUAUUGGUCAUGGGGGGGGGGGGAAAAAAGCUAGAAUUUAAUAUACUCGGAUUAUAUUGGUGGAAAUUGGAAUUUAGAUACAGUACAUUAGUAAGUUUCAACCAGCUAUGGCCUUUCUGCCAAUCUUUCUGCACCUAACCCAUCUCUGAUAUAGGAGAUUAACCUUUACAGUAAUUGGCUCAGUCAGCCUUAUCUCUCACUUUCAUGUGGUGGAGACACUUGCCCAGAGAGUUGAGACAAUUUUUGUAGGAAAAGUGGGUCACAGGCAUUAGAAGCAGUGCAAAUUAAUCUGUACAAAAGUAGCAGCUCAUGGUAUGGUAGAAUAAGUUAUUAGUUAAAUUCUCGUAUGUUAAUUUACAAAAGAAGCGGUAUCGGAGGAAACUAACACCACACAAGCCAAAUAUCACAGUACCGUAGUAUGUCAUCCACUUCACACUUUAGGUGUAAAGUAACCCUUGCGAAUUGUCAAACAGUCGGCUCACAUCCAAAAGAUCCAGGUUUGAAUUUCAUAUAGAAGAAAUAUUUUGGAAUGCUUCCUUACACCUGAUGCCUCUCUUCAUCAACAAUAAAUACACCUGGCAUUUAGGUAACGAUUGUCAUUUCCUAUGGUUUGGACUCUGUGCAUAAAUGUGGAUGUAACAAAGUAUGUUAAUAGAAACUGAAGUUACGUCCUAGGGAAAGCCAGACGUUGGCCUGGAGAAACCUCGGCAAGUCCAACAGGCUUCCUAACCCUGAGAGUGGGAACCCUUUAGUAAGUAACCUCUUCCACCAAGUCCUGUUUACUGCCACUUUAUAUACUGUUUAAUGUAUGCCACAUUUUCUUGCACUCUUACCAUAUUUGUCCAAUCUUUUUCCUCUCUUUUCAUCCUACUCCUCAAGUUUAAUAAAAUAUUGUAUCUCUGAACAUUGCGACAUGGUUGUUCAUCUUGACUACAUCAGCUCUAGGUCACAAAUUUUCCACAAAUGCCAUUUACAUUGUCUUUGUAUUGCUCUUGAAUAUGAUCUUUUGAUCAUACUACACCCAUGUUUCGCUCACUCCACACCGCUGUUUCAUUCUCAUUACCACCCGUUUCCCUCACACCACACCCAUGUUUCACUCCUCACCAGUGUUUCACUCAUGCCACACCCACAUUUCACUUAUACCACACCUGGGUUAGAUUUAUCCCACACCCACAUUUGAUUCAUGCCACACACACACCAGUGUUUAAAUUCAUGCUGCACCCCUGUUUGAUUCACAUGCAUCCUUCUCUAUUGUCCUGGUGAACUAGGGCUUUCACUAUCAUUCUAGAAACUGAAAACUAUUCCAGCUGCUGCCUGUAAAUGCCGAGUUUCUCACACAUUUCAUGCACUCGCAAGUAUUGUUACCAACCACUAAGGCCUGGACGGUAGAGCAACAAUCUCGCUUCCUGCAGGUCGGCAUUCAAUCUCCGACCGUCCAAAUGGUUUGGCACCAUUCCUUUUCCCCCAUCCCAUCCCAAAUCCUUAUCCGGACCCCUUCCCAGUGCUAUAUAGUCAGUCAUAUAGGCUUGGUGCUUUCCCCUGGUAAUUCCCUCACAAGUGUUAGCAGGGCCUGUAUGGGCACUAGGCAAAAUAUUCUGUGGCUUCAGGAAGGAACUAUAAGGGAGGGCUGCAGCAGAGUUUGUGCUGUGUGAAUGACAAAUUUUGUGGGAGAAUAGAAGUCUGGUCAAACAGUUGCCAUUUACUGUAUUAUAUUUAUUUUAUAUUUUACAAAUGCAUACUGCGUAUUAAGUAUGUAUAUGCAUACAUAUACUGUAUUCUACGCUUCUAUCGCCUGCAUCAUUAUUCAUCAGAUAGUCUAAUACGUGAUUGGCAUUGGGAAUUAUGGAAGGUGUUGAAUGAUUACCAUGUUUAUACAGAAUAAAAAUAAAUCUUAAGUAAUUUGUAGAUGGAAAAUCAAUUCAAUUAAAGUUAAGACCCAAGCUAGCAUUCCUACUUGUACAGUUUUAGUAAUGUUAGUACUUUAGUACAGGUACUGUUUUCAUUCAAAUCAAAUCAGUACAUUUUUAUUUAACUUUUUUUUUGAUGAUUGCACAUUCUGGUAUACAUGUGAGAGGGGGGGUAGGGGGGGGGGGGUAUGACAGGAAGGUGAGCCUGGAGCACCAAAGCAGCCCUGUUGUGUUCCUGUAGGCUGGCCUUCAUUUUAUUCAUAGUUAGGAAAAUGAAUAAUGAAAGUUUUAAAAUAUAUAAUUACCUUAAUCUGAAAAUAAGACAAUUAUAGGCUGAAUAUUUUAAUACCAAAGAAUCCAUGACCAUGUAUACAAGCUCAUUAUUAGUCCUAAUUAGCCAAUUAGGCUUCAGUUUGAUCAUGCAGAUAUUAAAGUGUUGAUAAGAAGUUCAUUAUUGCAAAUUGUGGUAAGAAGUUCUUCAUUAGUAAAGUAUAACAUUAAUAGUAAUAAAAGACUAAGUUUAAGAAACAAAUACUCUGAAGUCCCAAAUAAUUAACAUUUUCCAUAACUAUUUGUUGGCAAUCAAAAUAACUCCCAGAAACCUAUAAUUGUUGUUGUUUUAGAUUCAGCUACUCGGAACAAAAGUUCCAAGCAGCACGGGCUAUGGUGAGCCCGUAGUGGACUUCAGAAACCUGUGUUUAGGAUAUUGACCUCUGUGGAAUGUUAUACUGCAGUACUUGUAUUAUUUAUAUAUAGUCAAUUUUUAUCACAAAAACCUAGGAAAUAGUUUCAAGAGGUACAAUCCUACCUUAGAUUAAUUAACUUAAUUCAAAAUCAAUUAUAUAUUUUGAAAUGCACUGUCAUGACUAAAGCUCUAAGUUUGUGGUCUACCAUUAUCGCCUGCAUUCAUCACUAACUUUCCCUUAGGGAUUGGGUUGUGUACGUGUGCCAUCACAGGCUUUCUACAGUAGACAGAUGACCUGAAGUGUCAUGCCCUCGCUGGUAUGGAGGUCAGGCUAAAUUUUUUAAAAGAAAGCCCUUACCAUGUGAUCGGAUCUUCUUGUCUUCCAUAGGCUAUACUCGUCAACUUCAGCAACAUUGACAGGUUACUGUUAAGGAUUUUCAUGUAAAGAGGAAUUACCAUAUUAAAUGAGAGCCUUUGGCCCUCACUGAGGACACACAUAAAAGUUGAAACAUUCUCACGAUGUAUUGCUGCUAAUAUACCGGAGCAUGUUUUGGUGUUAUCCAUUUAAGUGUGCUCUCUGCCAGAUAUAUAAUGCUCAUAUAUUUCCAAGAUGGUGUGCAUGCAUAUUCUGACUGCACAUUCAACUUGACACUGCAAAACCAAAAUUAUUUUAAUAACAUUUAAGCAUGGUUUCUGGAGUAUAAUUACCACAAGUGUGCCUCCUUAGUAUGGCUCUACAUGUUGAAUAUUUAACCUGCAGAGAUUUCUUGUUUUAUUAUGUGACUGUAGGUGUAUACUUGUAAAAGAAUCCAUUCUUUUUGAGCAAAUGACUUUCUUUAUGAACUAUGUAUAUUGGAUGAUGUGUGUGUUCUAUGAUGAAAUUUUCUGUAAUAUACUACUAAUUUAUUUAAAAAGUUUGUAAAUUGCUUUGGUAAAUUUUAAAUUGACAAUAAUAAGUGUUUAAAACUGUUAA